UGCGUCAGAAGCCUCGCGGCGUAUAAAUAGGGGUGGCAGGACGGCGCCGAGCCGCACACAGCCAUCCAUCCUCUCCUUUCCCUCUCUCCCCCGUCCUUCUUUCUCUCUCCAGGCCCCAUCUCCGGCCGCGGGCCAGAGGGGCACCGGCCGCCACCAUGAGUUCGUUCAGCUACGAGCCGUACUACUCGACCUCCUACAAGCGGCGCUACGUGGAGACGCCCCGGGUGCACAUCUCCAGCGUGCGCAGCGGCUACAGCACCGCGCGCUCCGCUUACUCCAGCUACUCGGCACCGGUCUCCUCCUCGCUGUCCGUGCGCCGCAGCUACUCCUCCAGCUCCGGCUCCUUGAUGCCCAGCCUGGAAAACCUCGACCUGAGCCAGGUAGCCGCCAUCAGCAACGACCUCAAGUCGAUCCGCACGCAGGAGAAGGCGCAGCUGCAGGACCUGAACGACCGCUUCGCUAGCUUCAUCGAGCGCGUGCACGAGCUGGAGCAGCAGAACAAGGUCCUGGAAGCCGAGCUGCUGGUGCUGCGCCAGAAGCACUCGGAGCCGUCCCGCUUCCGGGCGCUGUACGAGCAGGAGAUCCGCGACCUGCGCCUGGCUGCCGAAGACGCCACCAACGAGAAGCAGGCGCUCCAGGGCGAGCGCGAAGGGCUGGAGGAGACCCUUCGCAACCUGCAGGCGCGCUAUGAGGAAGAGGUGCUGAGCCGAGAGGACGCCGAGGGCCGGCUGAUGGAGGCGCGCAAAGGCGCUGACGAGGCGGCACUCGCUCGCGCUGAGCUGGAGAAGCGCAUCGACAGCCUGAUGGACGAAAUCGCCUUUCUGAAGAAAGUGCACGAAGAGGAGAUCGCCGAGCUGCAGGCGCAGAUCCAGUACGCUCAGAUCUCCGUGGAGAUGGACGUGUCCUCCAAGCCCGACCUCUCCGCCGCCCUCAAGGACAUCCGUGCACAGUACGAGAAGCUGGCCGCCAAGAACAUGCAGAACGCCGAAGAGUGGUUCAAGAGCCGCUUCACCGUGCUGACCGAGAGCGCCGCCAAGAACACCGACGCCGUGCGCGCAGCCAAGGACGAGGUGUCCGAGAGCCGCCGCCUGCUCAAGGCCAAGACCCUGGAGAUCGAAGCAUGCCGGGGCAUGAACGAAGCGCUGGAGAAGCAGCUGCAGGAGCUGGAAGACAAGCAAAACGCCGACAUCAGUGCUAUGCAGGACACGAUCAACAAACUAGAAAAUGAAUUGAGAACCACGAAGAGUGAAAUGGCACGAUACCUAAAAGAAUACCAAGACCUCCUCAAUGUGAAGAUGGCUUUGGAUAUUGAGAUUGCAGCUUACAGAAAACUCUUGGAAGGUGAGGAGACCCGACUGAGUUUCACCAGUGUGGGCAGCAUAACAAGUGGCUACUCCCAGAGCUCCCAGGUCUUCGGCCGGUCUGCCUAUGGCGGUUUACAGACCAGCUCCUACUUGAUGUCUGCCCGCUCCUUCCCGACCUACUACACCAGCCACGUGCAGGAAGAGCAGAUCGAGGUGGAGGAGACCAUUGAGGCUGCUAAGGCCGAGGAGGCCAAGGACGAGCCUCCCUCUGAAGGGGAAGCUGAGGAGGAGGAGGAGAAGAAGGAAGAGGGUGAGGAAGAGGAGGGAGCCGAGGAAGAAGAAGCUGCCAAGGAAGAAUCUGAAGAGGUAAAGGAGGAGGAAGAAGAAGGAGGUGAAGGUGAAGAGGGAGAAGAAACCAAAGAAGCAGAAGAGGAUGAGAAGAAAGAUGAAGGUGCUGGGGAGGAACAGGCAACCAAGAAGAAAGAUUGAAGCCCCUUUCCCUUAACUAUUCCAGGAAUAAUUCUCCCGAAAUCAGGUCAACCUCAUCACCAACCAACCAGUUGAGUUCCAGAUCUUCUAUGAAUUAAGAAGUCAAUAUAUGUAUAAUUCUGAGAUGACUUAGGUUGGACAUUCAAUGUUGUGCUAUGAAUUUGCUCCUUAAUGCAGAGUAUCUGUUUGCUUGCAGAGUGGCUUUCUGGCUUGCUGCCAGCCUGUGCAUGGUCCACGCUUAUGAGUUCAGGAUCUAUGGCAAUGUGAACCAUUCAGAUGUUUACAAUAAAAACACAACAUGAAUAAAUGAAUUACUUAUGUUAAUGUUAACCUUCAUGGAAAAAUAGUCCUUUGAACUUUUGGUGGUUAGAAAUUAAAGACCUCGAGUUAUGUGCAAUAAAUAGUAAAUAAAGUUACACUGAAUGAUGUAUUCCUUGCUGUGGUUGUUGACUCAAUUAAAAUAUCUUAAAAUGGCAUCAAUAUAAAUCAUAUACAAGUGCACUGUUGACCUUUUUUUUAAGUCAAAAUUUUUAGCAAUGACAAUACUUUUAAAUUCUUAAUUGGAAAUCCUGUGAGAUAAAGUUAGAGCCUCAUGAAAUCUCUCCCCUCAAGACAUAUAAUGAUAACAAAAAUUAUUAAAUGAGACAGCCUAAAUAACAACUUAGUUUGCCCCACAAAAUGUACUGUUAGGUUGAGGCAUGGCUUUUUAGGAGUUUAUUCUGAAACUGUGUGAUAAAUAUAUCCUUUAUGGUUAGCAGGUGCUAAUACAAUCUGUGCAGAACAUGAAUCCCACACAUUCAUGACUAUAACUACAUUUAAAAAUACAAUCUAAAUAUCACAUGUAGAAGUUGGAACCUGAGCAAAUGAUGCCAUUAGGAUAAAUACUUUUUUUAGUAAUGUAUAAUUUUGGGAGGAGGAUAUGAAUAUCAAAAGUUAUUUGCAAACAUAUUGUCUGCAGGCCUGAGCUCAUAAUUCCAUGUGCUGAUAGCUUAAAUUUGUUGCCUCAAGGAAAUAGCAUAUAAUGCCACACAUUUUUCAACCUUUUAUAAAUUACAGAUAUAGAUAGUGAGAUAAUUAUCAGUCACUUUGGGGGUGGGGGAGAUAAUGUACAUUAUAUUGGCAUUACUCUGUGCGUCUAUUGGGAAAUAUCUGAAUUUCAAUGAUAGCUCAACUGGUUGGACAUUGCAUCAAACACAUGUCCCUUCUGUCCUCCCUGUCCACUGUAAAGUUAUGAAAGCUCUUGCACUUGCAUUUGAUGUGGAAUAUAGAUGAAGCCGCUAACUGCUGCUCUGCUUCUGUCCUUGAAUGCUUUGUCAGCUAAUUUCAUUCAGUAUUUGUUUUCUGGAUAACUUUAAAAGUUAUGAAUUUCACCUGAAGCCAAAGUGGUGUCCAUUGAAAGUUUUUGUCCUAUAGCAUUACUUGUUUCUAGUUAAAUAUAUGUUAUUCUACAAUAGUUAAAAUAUUUAUUUGUUUACCAUUAUGAUAUGGAUUUGAACUUUGAAGGCUGUCAGAACAUCAGCUUCUGUAAAGAUGUGUAGUGUCCUCCAAAGCCAAGAUUUCCACAUUUAUGCCCAUUAGACACAGGCUAACACACACGGUAAAAGACAGAUGCAAACUGUGUGUUGAAAGUAACUUUAGCCAAAUGGAAAUGGCAGGCUGGUUGAAGAAAGAUCAUUGUACCAUACUCUAUCCUGUGUGCCAUAAUAAAAUACUAAAAAACCUAAA